CAGUGAGAAGCAGCCAGUCCUCUCCGGAGUGCGGAUUUGGGAAGAGGGACGGAUUUGGGAAGAGGGACGGAGCGGAAUUUUCUUUUUUUUUUGGCUCACAUGAAGAAUUUCUCUCAGCGACCAGCUGCUGCUGCUAAACCACUCCGGGGCCCGUGUCUAUGCAAUGUACUGAAGACUUCUAUUUCUGCCUUUUCCUCAUAAAACCGAGUCUGGGAUUCUCCGCCGUCAUUCUUACUCAUUCCGGUGAAUGGAACUGUUUUUCACACCAAGAAACACUUCAAGCUGUUUUAAUACGAGAAUAACUGAAAAACACUGAGCAGGAAUAAUUACGGAAAUAAGCCACCUGUUAAUCCCUGUGAGACAAAGUCAUGAAGAUCUUCCAGCGCGCCGCGUGUUUAUUUAUUGGAUCACUAUCAUGUCUAAUAGACUUCUGCUUCCAACAACUCCAAGCGGGCGCUCCUCAGAUCCAGCUUCGCUUGGUUGGAACAUCGAGGGUCCCCAACGAAGGUCGCCUGGAGGUUCUGUAUAAUGGUCAAUGGGGCACUGUGUGCGAUGAUGACUUCAACGUGGAAGUGGCAAAUGUGGUCUGCAGGCAACUGGGCUUUGAGAUGGCCAUGAACUGGGCGCACAGUGCAAAGUACGGACAAGGGGAAGGUCCCAUCUGGUUGGAUAACGUCCGCUGCUCGGGGGUUGAGACCUCUUUGAUAGAAUGUGAGUCCAAUGGCUGGGGAGUCACCGACUGCAAGCAUUCAGAGGAUGUCGGCAUACUGUGUUCAACAAGCCGGCUACAGGGAGCGCCACCACCUCAAAUUAUUACCGCCCAGCAUACAAAAAAGAUCGAGGAAGUUCGAAUUAGGCCGAUUUCGGCCCGUGCCAAGGCCAGCCUCCCUGUUACAGAGGGCAUAGUGGAGGUGAAGCAUCACGGCCGGUGGAGGCAGAUUUGUGACCAAGGCUGGACUCUAGAAAACAGCAGAGUCAUCUGUGGAAUGUUGGGCUUCCCUGGAGAGAUUCAAGCCAAUGAAAAGUUUUACAGAAAACUUUGGAAUAUGAAAAUGAAAGUUCCAAAAUCCAGGUUGAAAAUGCUGAGUCAGAAAAAAAUGUUCUGGAUCCACAAAGUCAGCUGCUCGGGAACUGAACCCCAUCUGGCUAACUGCAACGUGCAGAUUUCCCCCAAGACCCCCAAACAUCCGUGCAGGACUGGGAUGCACGCCAUAGCGAAAUGCGUCGCCCCACCCACCACUGCCAAUGGAAACGGAAAUAACUUCAAAAAAGCAUUUAGGACUAUGGAGCCCCUGGUGCGACUGAGGUCUGGCCCCCAUGCCGGAGAAGGAAGAGUAGAGGUGUUAAGGAAUGGGAAGUGGGGAACGAUCUGCGACGACAAGUGGAACCUCGUUUCGGCCAGCGUGGUCUGCCGGGAGCUCGGUUACGGAUCUGCCAAAGAAGCCAUUUUAGGCGCCCAGUUGGGACAAGGAAUGGGUCCAAUCCACAUGAAUGAAGUCGUGUGCACAGGACGGGAGAAGUCCAUCACCGAAUGUAAGUUCAAAGAGGCCAGUAUAGUGGGGUGCCAACACGAAGAAGACGCCGGCGUCAGAUGUCAUGUGCCAGAGAUGGGGUACAACAGCCAGAUUCGGCUGGUUGGAGGAAGGUCAAGUGAAGAGGGGAAGGUGGAAGUGCAGAUGGUCGUUAAAGGUGUGAAGAAGUGGGGAGCGAUGUGCGGAGAGCUCUGGGGCAUGAAUGAAGCCAUGGUCGCUUGUCGCCAGCUGGGGCUCGGCUUUGCCAAUCACGCGAUACAGGAGACGUGGUAUUGGCGGGGUACCCAGGGGGCAGAAGACAUCGUCAUGAGUGGUGUGCGUUGCUCUGGCACAGAGUUGUCGAUUCAGCAGUGUCGUCACCACAGUGUUGUUCAUUGCCCUCGAGGAGGGGGUCAUCGAUCGGCUGGUGUCAGCUGUACAGACCAUGCUCCAGACCUCAUACUGAAUGCACAGCUGGUACAGGAGUCGGCCUACCUGGAGGACCGUCCCCUUCACAUGCUGGAAUGUGCCCACGAAGAGGAGUGUCUGUCCAAAUCAGCAGAUGAAAUGUCCUGGCCGUACGGACACCGAAGACUUCUCCGCUUCUCGUCGGAGAUACACAAUAUUGGGAGGUCUGACUUCACCCCAAGGAAUGGGAGGCACACCUGGGUCUGGCAUGAAUGUCACAGACAUUACCACAGUAUUGAAGUCUUCACCCACUACGACCUCCUCAAUAUGAACGGCUCCAAAGUAGCUGAAGGACACAAAGCCAGCUUCUGCCUGGAGGACACACGUUGUGGAAAAGGAAUCCAGAAGCGCUACGAGUGCGCCAACUUCGGCGAACAAGGAAUAACGGUGGGCUGCUGGGAUACCUACCGCCAUGACAUCGACUGCCAGUGGAUCGAUCUCACGGACGUCGGCCCCGGGGACUAUAUUUUCCAGGUCAUUCUGAACCCAAAAUUUGAAGUGGCAGAAUCGGAUUUCAGGAACAAUGUGAUGAGGUGUCGGUGUAAGUAUGACGGGAAGAAGAUCUGGAUGCACAGCUGUCACACAGGUGACGCAUACAGCGCAGAUCUGGAGGAAGAGUUUGAGAAUCAGCAAAGACUUUCCAACAACCUGGUGUAGCCCUCCGGUGCUCCCGGGACAUCUCAUGGACUUAUUCAUGCCAGAUACUGCUCCGGAAAUCCAGCCCAGGUUCAGAUGAGGUUCAAACAAGUCACAACUGGAAAAAGCGUCAAUCUCAGGUCUUCAGCCAACACAUGGAAUAUAAACUGACUUUUGUUUACAUGGCAACUCUUCUAAAGGAGGAGAAAACCACCCACACACACAGGAUUGGACAUUCGAUUGGGAAAUCUGCUCCGAAAGUGAUAUUUCCAAAUAUAAUUAAGUUAAAGUGAAUAAGAAAAGGUUUCAUGAUGUCAUCUGUGCUGUCUCAUAUUGUUCUAUUAUAACUGGAUUUACAA